CCGCCAGCCACGAGGGCCAAGCAGGCUCUAAGUGAGGGACAGAUGGGCCGAGGGCCGCGGAGCCAAGCGAGGGCGCGCUGCGGCCACCUUUCCACUUGCCGCGGAGCCGCCGGACCCCAGCCCGGUCCCCACCGGGGCAGUUGUGCGUGAAGGGCUCGCUAACGGCCACUCAGAGGGGGGAGCCUCAGCCCGAACGCCGCCGGGCGGGCCGCGCGCAACCGGGAGGCCUGAGUUCUCCGCCGCGGGCUGCCGACUCGCGCCCGCCGCGCGCCCCGCGUUCGCUGCGCAUUCGGCCUCCGGUCCCGCCUCCUGGAGUUUUCGCUUUCGCUUUCUCGCCGAUGUCGUUGAGGAAAAUGAAAGCGGCCGUGGACAGGGCUGGCGCAGCUACCGUUCGGAGCGAGGGGCGCGGAGAGCGGCGGCGGCGGCCAGCCUGGAGCCCCGGCCCUGGGGGCCGCGGCCCGCGCCGGGCGAGAUGGCAGCAUACCCUGGACCUCCCUGCACUGCGGGCAGUCCCAAGGCUGGACAGCAGAGAAACAAGAAAAUGGACUCCCUUUUCCUGGAGACUUGAACGCCAACCACCAGCCAUGGGUGCCAGAGUUUGCAGCCUUUUGGAGGAGAACAACAUCAAGCCCGCAACAAUGCAGUGAAUGGACAGGGCAGCAGAACGAGAUCUGCCGCAUGCCAUCCCUCUUUUGGAGCAGCACUUAAAGGUGCCACACUGCUGGCUGAACCACAGCUGUUACUGCAAACUGAGGAGGCUUGGAGGGAACAGAAGAUAAAGAUAAAGACCAUUAUGGUAUUUACGACUGCAGGACAUCCUUUGACAUGUCACUACAGCCAGGGAAGAUCAACCAGUGCUUGUGGCAACAGGAGCUGCAAGAAACCAUGGCCAAGGCCUGUCUGGACUUCAGGGGAUUUGAAGGGUCAAGGGACACGUGCAGAUGACCCUGCCUGGAACCCUCCCCCACCUGGCCUCCACACAGCACUGAUUCAGCUGGAGUUCCUACCCCAAGAUCCCCUCUUCAGGGAUGCCUGUAUUUGUUCAUCUUCUGCCAUGUGCCUGGUCCCUGCAGAAUACAAGGAAUAAAAUAGCCUUCAGCAGUGGCUAAACCAGGAACUUUCCGGGUGCACAAUAAGGAGUCCAAGGCCACAGGAUGAGGCUUCCCUGACUAUCUCCCCUAGGAGACUGGUGCUGUGUAACAAUAUAGGGCUUGUUCUAUUCAUCCUUAUUUCCCUAGCCUGUAAUGGGGCCUGGAUGACAGUUAAUAACCAUUUGGAAAGUGAGCAGUUGUGUGUGCUGUAGAGAGUAAGAGCUCAUUAGGAGCCUGCUGGAGAGGCAGCCCACUGGGCUCCCUGCUUCUCUGGAGGGCCUGGUCCAUCACCAUAUAGCCCUGCCAGCUGGAACAGGCUUCCUUGGGGGUGCCCAGGGCUGUUGCCCACUGGCCCUUCUUAUGAAAAGCAGCCUGACAGAUGUUAAAGAUGACCCUCCCUUUUUUUCCCCGAAGCUAAACAAGACCAGUUUCCAUGGCUCUUCAUCUUCUGGACCUCAGCAUACUGGUUAUCCCAUCUGGAGAGGCAACAGAAGUAUCCAGAUGUGGUCUGAAGAGGCAGAACCAUGGACGCAGACAGAAAAUUCGGGUUUGUGUGCUUUGGUAGUUGGUGUAUGUCAGUGCAUUCAGGUUGUAAUAGUGACAGCUACUGGCAUGGCCUCUGGCACUGUAGAAAGUGCAGCGUUGUUGCUGAUCACCUUGAGGCGUUCUCACUGCAUUUACAUAGACACUGUCUUGGUGUAGAACUCCACGUUGUAGCCCUUGUCAACAAUAUUAUGUUUCUCCUCAACUAUCCUGGAAACUCCCUAAGGCAGCUGGUUUGUGGUAGGCGCUCCAUAAAUGUUAGCUAGUAUUAUUUGCUUUGUUCUUCUAUUACUUGAAUGGACAAUCAUUUGUGUCCUUUAAUGAGCAAAGCUAUGUGCCAAAAACUGCUAGGUGCCAGAAUCCAGCAGUGAACAGAAUAGACCUGCCCUGCCCCACAGAGUUCCCAGACACCCUGGGAAGACUUGUUGAUUGAAUAAAAAACCUGACUGAA